AUGAUUGACUGGUACAAAAACAAGAAGAAGAAUGUUAAGGAUGCAUAUGAGAAAGGUUCUACAUGGUGUCAAAUGAUAUCUCAUCAUAUUCAGAAGGAUCUUACAAAAGCUUGUGCACGACGAGUCACGGCAGUGAUUAUGGAUGAGAUUGGAGAUAGGAACUUCUCUGUGCUUAUUGAUGAGUCUCGAGAUGUAUCAAUAAAGGAGCAAAUGGCUGUGAUCUUGAGGUUUGUGAAUGAUCAAGGAAAGGUUAUGGAGAGUUUUCUUGGACUUCAACAUGUCAACAGAUGUACAGCUGCUGCAUUGAAAGAAGCUUUGUUGCAGUUAGUGGUUGUUACCGUUGCAACUUCUAGUCCAGUCAUUGCAGAUUUCUUUAACUAUGUUCCUUUAAUAGUGAACACUGUGGGUGCAUCAUGUAUGAGAAAAGAUAUCUUACUUGUAAAGCAUCAUGAUGUUUUGCUACAAAAGGUGGAGAAUGGUGAGAUUAGCACUGGAAGAGGACUGAAUCAGGAAAGUAGCCUAGCUAGACCUGGAGAUACUAGAUGGGGUUCACAUCUUAAAACAUUGCUUCGUAUUUUCCAAAUGUGGGAAGCUAUCUUGGAGGUGCUUGAGAUUGUAAAGCAAGAUUCCGUUAAGCCGACGUGUAAUGGUGGAGCAUUUGGUUUAAUUGGUAAAAUGCAAAACUUUGAUUUUGUAUUCAUCAUGCUUUUGAUGAUAGACUUGUUAAGCAUUACAGAUGACUUGUCGCGUGCUUUGCAAAGGAAGGAUCAAGACAUUGUUGAAGCAAUGAGUUUAAUUAUGGAUGUGAAAGAUCGUUUGCAGGAUAUACGGGACAAUGGAUGGGAGUUGUUAUUCAAAAGAGUGAAGUCCUUCUGUGACAAAAAUGAGAUUAAAGUGCCAAAAAUGGACAAGGAAGUAAAUGCUAGAGGGACGUAUUCACGUAGAAGGCAAAAGGUAACAAAUAUGCAUUUUUACCAUAUUGAGAUUUUUAUUGCUGCCAUUGAUGCCAUUUUGUCAGAGAUGAAUCAUCGUUUUAAUGAAGUUAGUUCGGAGUUAUUAGUAUGCAUGGCUUCUCUUAAUCCAAGGAACUCCUUCUCUAGUUUUGAUGUGGAUAAGCUUGUGAGACUUGCUGAGAUUUAUGCUAAAGAUUUUACAGUAGCUGAUUGUUUGUUGUUAAGGAAUCAACUUCAAAGCUUCAUUCUCAACAUUAGGAGAAGUAAAGAAUUUCUUGGAUGUAGAGAUCUUCCAAACAUUGCUGAAAAAAUGAUUGAGACCGGAAAGAACAGAUCUUUUCCAUUGGUUUAUCGGCUCAUUGAGCUAAUAUUGAUACUUCCAGUGGCAACGGCAUCAGUUGAGAGAGUCUUUUCAGCUAUGACUCUUAUAAAGACAGAUUUACGCAACAAAAUGGGGGAUGAAUGGCUUAAUGACUUGAUGAUAUGCUACACCGAGAAGGAGAUAUUUAGAAGCAUUAGCAAUGAAAAAAUCAUACAGGAGUUUGAAGACAUGAAAGAACGCCAUAUGUUAGUGCCAAAAGAUAAUUUAGUGAUUGCUUCUCAUGAAGAUUAA